UUGUUGUAACAAAUAAAUUGUCACUUAUGAAAUCAAUUUUCUAAUUCUACUUUGUACCGAAUGUUUAGAUAUUCAAUAUUAAUAAUGCGACACUCUUUGACUUUUACAAAUGCCUUGGUUAUAUUAAAAAAAGUUAUCUUCUGAGAAAGUUUAGCUAUAAAUGCGUUUCGAUAAAAUCAACGGAACUGCAAAGAGUCGUAGGAGGGACGAUUCCCUUUGUCUGAAAAACAUGAAAGAAGGGCACAAUGUAUCCAACGUAACGAACGACGGUUGUGUCCAUGAAAAUGGAGAGGCUGUUAGUACAAAGGACUCCCCUGCAAGGAAGAAAUUGCGUACAUGGCUAAAUCGAAACUUAAAAAUAAAAAUGACAGAUGGUCGUGUCUUAAUCGGUUCGUUCUUAUGUACCGAUCGUGAUGCUAAUGUGAUUUUGGGAUCGUGUUCAGAAUAUCUAUCCGAGGAUCAUACAGAAGCAAGAGCUCUUGGUUUGGCAAUGAUACCUGGUAGACACAUUGUAACAAUACAUCUUGAUGCUUGAGCACCUGUGGUC